AUGGCAUAUAGCUUACGUCGUGCUGCCGAAAAAGUGAAGAUCAUCGCCAAAAUGAAUCGGUGGACGCGGAGCCAAACCGAAGGGAAGGGCAGGGAUUCAGAUUCUAGCGGGCGAUGUUUCCUUCUCGAACUUCCAACAGAACUACUAUUGGCGAUCAUUUCCCAUCUCUCGGUAUUACCCGAGGCGUGUCUAGCGCUGACAUGCAAGCGACUCUAUGCGAUAUCUGGGGCGAUCCUGGGAGCUAAAGCUCUCCACUUCAGUCGAGAUUUCGCGCCACUUUUUCACCACUACCGAAACGGGCACAACUUCGUCACCCCGCGGUGGCAAUUGGUCAACCUGCUCGAAGACAGCCGGUGGCGCGCCUGCUCGAAAUGUUUAAAACUGCAUCUACGGAGCUCGUUCCCUCCCCGCGAGCUGAGAAGGAAGUCCGACGACCGAGCAUGUAACUUGGGCGAUUCUGCAGGCAUAGUGGAUCUAUGUCCAUGCAAGAAGCUCACCUUCCAAGACAAGACGGAUCUCGUGCAGCUUUUGAAAACCCGACAGAAAUCAUUGAACGCCCUCACCCUGCAGUUUGAAAGCGGUAUCCAGCAACAGCGCUUCUGUUGGCACUCUUGCAAAGAGGACUAUGGAUCGACGCAGCUCGAAAUCGCGAUAUACCCGGAGCUAGACCAGGACGACCUGUUGAGGAUACAUACAGAGUAUCGCAUGACGACAGGGAUUGGACAGCUUGGCAGGGAAGAGCAUAUAACACCUCGCUUUGGAUGCGCUCACCGAUCAGUCGACUUGUGGUUAUCCAGUGUCUGCCAAACCACGAUCUGUCGUCUCUACGACAGCCACUGUGCCUCGUGCAAGCGGAUUUCAAUCUGCAACACAUGCAAUGCCUCUUUGAGGUGCCCUCGCAAGCAACCUUAUCGAGUUGAUGAAGUAACGGACAAAGCCACAUACCAUUUCUGGACCGAGAGGUGCCUUGGGGGCACGAGCCCGAUUCCCGACCAGGCGUGGGCUUCUCAACGGAUUCAUCCUGCGGAGCACCUAUUUGAUGCUACCAAUUGCAGUGAGAUGUGUCCCUGGACCAUACGAGAACAUCCUCCUCUUGAAGAAGCCCCAUCCCUGGAGAUGAAUAUACUGGAGCCUGCCAUGCAAGAUCAGUCGCUCAACCAAGAGUUGUACCCACGACUCAAGUACAUUCCAAGGGACAGUCUACUUUCAAUCGGGAUUAGCAGAGCGCAGUGGAUAGAUGAGCAUCUUCUGCGUCCUGGGGCGAUGAGCUACCCACCACCCCAUAACGGCCAAUAUCCUCCGCAAUACAUGCAACAACCCCCCAAUCUGCCGCACCCUCACCAGCAGACCGUCCACCCGCAGCAGCUCCUCUACAACAACAAUGUUAACACGACUGCUUCGCCAUAUCAAUAUGGAAAGACGAUGGUCUAUCCCCAGGUCAUGAUUCCGACCUAUCCUACUUACACACAACCCUACGCGCCUCAGCAGCAACAGCACCAACCGCCCCCUCAACAACAACAGCAACCGCAAUAUGUGAAUCCGUCCGAGCUGUUCCAACCGCCGCAUCUCCCGGCCACCUCACCUCCUCAGUUUUCUCACAGUCCAUCCCAGUACAGCGCGACACCGGCGGUGACUGCGGCGGGCAGCACUCAUUCCCCUAUUCUUUCCACGUCGACCCCGUCUCAGCCAUCGUACUAUGCCGAUCUCAGUUCCGACCAAGGGAACCAGGCCUCCUACAACAAGAAUGCCCAAGUUACGCCGAGUCCACAGAUAAUCUCAGCACCACCCGUACCAGAACCACCAGUCGCUGCUGUACCCAUUACUGCUGCGCCUGUCGCUGCUACACCCGUCGCUGCUAUACCAGUCGCUACUAAAUUGCCCGCGACAAAGUCGGUGUCGGCUACCCCAUCGGCUCCGUCUCCGAAACCCGUCCAGGUAUUGAUUCCGGCGCCGUCCCCAGAUGUCCAACAGAAACUGCAGCGGCAGUCCUCGAAGAAGCAGCAAGCUGUUCGGCAACCACCGCAGCAGUCGGCAAAACCAUCUACACAGAAGUCGGCCAGAACUCCGGAUUACCAGGUGUUAUUGUUGGCCAUGGCAGAUGAGUAUCUCGAUGCGGCUCACAGUCAUGGGACCAUGGUGGCCUUGCUGAAGCGGGAGAUGGAGAUGGAAGAAUACUAUAAAUUGGUCGCAACAGGGCUGGGCUGCUUAGAGGCGGUGUUAAAGAACUGGAGAUUGCAACCUCGGGUCGAGGCUCUUGUGCGUUUGCGAUAUGCGCGGAUCUUGUUUGAGGAAACAGACAAUGAUCUUGAAGCCGAGACGGCUUUGAGUAAAGGCAUCGAUUUGUGUGAGCGGAAUCGCAUGUUAGAUCUGAAGUAUAGUAUGCAACAUCUUUUGGCUCGGAUGCUACACAAGACGAAUCCGAAAGCCUCGAUGAAAGCCGUGGAUGGAAUGAUACAAGAUGUUGAAGCUUAUCGCCAUUCGGCCUGGGAAUAUGCUUUUCGCUUCCUUCGCGUAUCCCUUGCGCUCUCUUCCCACGCGCAUCAAGAUUCAGUAUCGGCACUGCAACACCUCCACAAAAUAGCCAACAUGGCACAUCGCAACGGCGACAGGGCCGUUUCAGCCAUGUCCGCGAUUAUCGAAGCGCUCGCACAUCUGCAGCAAGGCACUGGCUCCGACGCAAUUGAGCAGGCGCAGCGCGCAGUGGCGGCAGCGCGAAGCCAUCAACUAAACGAUGAGCUCCGCCAUAUUCCGCAGCUGACGACGCUGGUGCAGAUCGUUGACAUAUGCUGUAGUCUUCUAGAGUACGACGUCAACCAAUCGUCCCAGAAGCUGAAAGUCAUGCAAGACAUGAUGGAUGAGCGAUUGAACGAUUUAAAUUGGCGUGAUGAUGGGUCCUUUUCCAUCCCUCUGAGUGGCAAGGCGGCUGGUCCUUCUUCCAUUGACACUGGAGAUAUCCUCCAGGUACAGAGCGGCACACUACUGUUGAGCUUCAACUGGUUACCCCAACACGAUCUUUAUGCACUUUGCUAUUUCCUAAGCUCCAUCACUCUCAGUUGCAAAAAUUCGUACGACGGACGCAAAGCAGAGAAGUUCCUUCAUGAGGGGUUACGCAUGGUAAAGGGAAGCUUCAAAGCGCCACAAGACAUCACCGAGUCUGUGGUCAACGCCAACAGGCGUGUCGAAUGGCGCCGAACUCUCUACUGCAGCCUUCUAAUCCAGAAAGUCUUUCUCGCCUGCGGCCGCACUGACUGGGACCUGGCCACGAAAACAUUACACGAACUGCGACAUGAAGCCAAGGGCCUCGGGGACCAUCUCCCUGAUACCAUCAGAUGCAUGAUGGAGUAUGCAAGCGGGGCCAUCGCCCAAGCGACGGGCGACCUCGCCGCCGCCCUUCAGGCCUUCCAGUCCCCGAUUCUCUCCCUGUUCUCCUCUACCCCAUCCACCACUAGCAAAGCUGCUCGCAACGAUCCGCGCCGCGAUCUCGCGAUCUUAUCCGCGUUGAACACCGUUCUCAUCGUCAGCGAACCGACCCACCCAGCCUAUCACCAAAUUCCCGCCAUUCUUUCAACCGUCGAACCAUUCUGUACCUCUAGCCCCAGCAGAUACAUCCAAGCUGCCUACUACCUCGUCUGUGCUACCGUGCAGACGGAAUCUACCAUCCAAACCAAGCAACACCUUCAACAGGCCCUCCAGUCCGCCACUGCCAUCAGCAACAGCCAGAUCACCUGCAUGACCCUCACCUUCAUGAGCUGGAAAUACUUCCGCGGCGUCGUCGGCGAGCAGGCCGAGAAGAGCGCACGCGCCGCCCGCGCAAUGGCCCGAAAGGCCAACGACCGCCUCUGGCUCAGCGUCACGGACGAGAUACUCGCCGAGACGCUGGAACGGCAGGGCAAGAAUGAAGAAGCCAAGGGGGUGCGAGAUGAAGGGCAUCGGGUGAUGAUCGCGCUACCGCCGGCCUUGAAACGAGCUGUCUAA